UUAUAAUUCAUUAAAAUAUAUUGCAAGUAACACAUCGCAAAGAGAAAAAGCAAUUGCAAUCACUGACGAAUUUAAUGAAUAUCUAAAAAAUGUAUCUGGAAAAUGCAUUGACAUAGGAUGUGGACCUGGAGAUGUAACAAAAGACAUAAUCUUACCGGCUCUUGAUCCAAAUGCAGUAGUAAUUGGUACAGAUAUAUCAGAAAGUAUGAUUGAUUAUGCAAAGAAAAAAUACAUUAAGGAGAAACGACUCGAAUUUGACGUUUUAGAUAUACAAACUAAAAAUUUGCCUACAAAAUACGUAUCUGAAUUUGAUCUU